AUGACCGCAGCGGAAAACGAGGAAGAAUUCCCGGUGGGGUUGGCGUGCGCCCUCGACGGAUUCGUGGAUGCCGACCAUGUGAAAGAGACAAUCAGACGUUUGGAGAAGGAGGAGAUAAAAGUGGACAGCACGGAAUUCGACGGAAUCUACGAAAAGUUCAAAAAGGUGAUCGACAACUACCAUGAGCAGCCUCAUCUCAUGGACAAGGAGCUGCCUGGCAUCAUGCGGCAGUGCAUCGAUAUACUCAAUUCGAAUCCACCAAAUAGUGAUCGUUUCCGAGGAACGUGUCGUCUCCUGUGUCUGAUCACGAGAACCAGAGGCUACAAAGUGGUGCGCAAUCUCUUUCCGCAUGAGGUGCCAGACAUCGAGAAGGUCCUCGGUUACAUGCUGGCGCAGGACCUGGACGACUCUGCGAACUGGGAGACGCAGUACAUCAUUCUCCUCUGGUUGUCGAUCUUGGCGACCGUGCCAUUCGAUCUGUCACGCUUCGAUGGCAGUGGUGACGGACAAACGGUGACUGAACGUUUCUUACAAAUCUGUAAAACUUUCGUGAGGAGCAGACUUAAGUGCAACGUCAUCGCAGCAUACAUGACCGGUUGCUUCCUCUCGAGACCCGAUAUCCAUGGACGCUACAUGAAGCCUUACCUUCUUUGGGUCGAACAAGAGUUGUCCGCGUACCGCGGACCCACCGAAGAAUUCGUUCGCGUAGCAAUUCUCUUGUCGGCUUGCAGCAUUUUCAAGAUGAGCAAAAGAGAAGUUCUCCAAGAACACUCCGCCAUCGCUUUGGACAUCGCCUUGAAAGGUGCUUCGAGCUCGCAGGAGUUCGAGCGGAAACUCGCUCUCAAACUCCUCCAACGCAUCGGUCUGUCUCAACUGUCCCCGAACUUGGCGCCUUGGCGAUAUCUCAUGAAGAAAAGAGUUCUUCUGGGGAGGAGCACCGCCAGUUCCGGAGACGUUCAGGACGACACGUGCGACGAGUUGGAGGUCCCAGAAACCAUAGAGCAGAUCAUCGACCCGCUGUCGUCGGGGCUCGGGGACCGCGUGCUCAUCGUUCGAUGGUCGGCAGCCAAGGGCUUGGCUCGCAUCGCGUCGAGACUUCCGAAAAACUUCGCGGUCGAAGUCGUGAAUUCCGUGUUCGAAAUUUUCGAGGAGAAGGAUCGCGAAGCACGGUGGCAAGGAGGCUGCAUGGCCUUGGCGGAACUCGGUCGGCGAGGGGUUUUGCUGCCGGUUCAUCUUCCCAAGGUCGUGGAGAUCCUCGUUCAAGCUUUCGUGUACGACGAGCUACGGGGUAGUUACUCGGUUGGGAGCAGUGUCAGAGACACCGCAUGUUAUCUCGCCUGGACCCUAGGUCGCUCGUACGAGCCGAAAAUAGUUGAGCCCUUCGUUGACGAUUUGGCCGGACAGCUGCUGUGCCUCGCUUGUUUCGACAGAGAGGUGAAUGUGAGGCGUGCAGCGAGCGCGGCUUUCCAAGAAUGCGUCGGUAGAUUAGGGAAUUUCCCGAACGGGAUCGAUCUUGUACGCACAGCCGACUACGUUAGCGUGGGGAAGCGAACCCGAGCGUACUUGGACGUCGGAGUUGAAGUCGCUUCCUACAAGGAAUACACUCGUCUGCUCAUUGAACAUCUCGUCUACCGAAAAGUCUCACAUUGGGACAAGGCGGUUCGUGAUGUCGCGGCUGAAACUCUGGGGCGUCUAGCCUCGAGGCAUCCGGCGUUCUUCUCAGACAACGUGUUCAAGGAGCUCCUGGAGUACAGCACAUGUAUGGAUCUUUAUAUGAGAUUGGGCUCGCUUCUGGCCCUGGGGCGAAUUGUUCUAGCGCUCAGCGAACAAGGCUCUGCGCUAUCGGAGGAAAUAGUACAGAGCUUGGUAGGAUUGUUCGAUGUGUACGAAGAGAAACGCUAUUUCUCUUCGUCGAUGCACAACCAAAUCUUGGGGAACUUCGCUCAGAUGAUCUCUUGUUUGGCAAAGUCGAAGUUCACCCCGAUCCAGACGGAGAUUAUCGAGAAAUGGUGGAGCGUCGGACAACGGUGUCUGGAAAGUCCCGAGAGCUCGAUGCAGAUUCACGGAGCGGAGUGCAUCUCCGCACUCCUGGAGUUCUGCAUUCCGACGGACGACCACGAUCGAUCUAGGAAUCUCCUCGAGGUGUGUUGUCAACAGCUUCACUGUGAAAGAGAGGAGGCCAGAUGCGGAUACGCGCGUUUGAUGAGAUAUCUGGAUCCACAACUGGUAUCCCGCAAUGAUUUCCUACUUUUCGAGUCGUUGAGGAGAGCAACCCAAAGUCAAGGCAACGUUUUCGUCGAAUCAAGGAGAGAAGCUCUGAUUUCCCUCCAAAAAAUCGUCUGUACCAUCCUCGGAAUGUCUCCGAACGCUGGACAAUACCUGCGCGAUCUACUCGUCUGCAUAACGUCGGCUUCCGAAGACUUUAGUUUAUCGGAAACAUUUUUCGAUGUUGGACUCCCCAACCGCUUAGCUGCGAUGACAGUUUUCAGAGAUUUGAUGAUCCAUCUCAACGUCGUGGAUCGAUUGUCUAUGAUCGAUCGCGAACUUGUGAACGAUAUUCUCAAGCGGAUCACUAGCCAAAUCGCGGAUGCUCAGAGAGCCUCGGAGGAGAUUGCUGUUUCCGUGUUGAACGAUCUCCUGAAAACGUGCCCCUCGGAGCUGCCACACUCGGAACAACUCGUUGCAGCUCUCGCGAUGGACGACAAGAUCGACACGCUGGCCUUCAUUCUCACCUGUGAUACUUACAGACUUCCGCUCCUGACGCAACUUCUUAUAUCUAUGGGCGCGAAAACAGAGAAGGAAGCGACUAAGGCACAGCUGGCCACCUUGAAAUACCUCCAGGGAAUUCAGGAGGAUCGCGCUGCGAUGACCGACUUCGUUACUACUCUCAGUGCGGUUGUCGAGCUGCCGCUCUUCUCUAAGAACCGAUUCCUCUUCCCUCCGUUAGUUCGUGGCAUCGGUCAUUUGUUGAACACAGGAGCUUUAGCGAACGCUUCCUCGGCAGAACUCGUUCCGAUAACCGACUAUGUUUGGAGGAAUAUACAACGCACGAAAGAUGUCAAUCGAAUCCUCUCGUCCAUCGAAUUGCUCUGUGAAAUGCUCCAAUUCGAAGAAACAGCUAAAACUAGUUUGAAGAGGCUUUCCAUUCUCUUGGGUCACAGGCAUUUUCCGCAGGUUCGCAUGCAGACAGCUCGGAAACUCUAUGAGACCCUCCUAAUGUAUUCCGCGGUUGUUCCAGAGAAAAACUUCGAAGUUAUCUUGACUCUGUUGAGUAAUUCAGAAUGGGUGAACGACAGCGACUCUGUUUUCGAAGAGAUUCGGAGCGCUCGCGAUCUGUUCUGCGAUCUUGUAGAUAUCCCCAAACCGAUGAUCACAAAGGGGUCCAAAUAG